CUUUACCACUUCGGAUUGUGAUUGACACCAGGAUAAACCACGCCAAGUAUACAUCACUGUACCCGACAGCGAGAUACGUCGUCAGACACCCGAACGUAGUGAAAGAUGUCCGGUGCUUCAAUCCCACCAUCAGCUACGCUCACUGCUGAUAGCGAGCUGGGUGAAAGCCACAAGUCCUCUCCUAUGCUCGAAGCAUAUCGCCGCGAAGAGCCAACAUUGGUAGCAAGGUUGCUUGUGUCUAAUGAAAGAGACUCGGAGAAAGACAGGAUGGAUUCUGCAAAGAAAAUUAUCAACACAUUCAAUCAACAAUGGUCAAAGUAAGAACCCAAGACAAGACCACGCGAGGACUAGAGAAAGGAACUUAUAGCCGGAAGAUACUGGGCGGAAAAUCGGGCACCUGUUCUCAAUCAUACUCGAGUAUCUACGUCUU